AUGACUCAGGCUAUUGUGAAGCAUGAUAUCACAGGGCACUUUGAACUCAAACAGUACAUGGUGCAGCUGAUCCAGUCCACAGGGCAAUAUGUGGCUCUAUCUCAUGAAGAUCCGCAGAGGCAUAUUCAGAAUUUUUUGGAAAUUACGGACACUUACAAUUAUCCGAAUGUUUCCAAGGACUAUGUCAGGCUGACACUUUUUCCCUUUUCACUGCUUGGGGACGCUAAGGAGUGGUUGCAGAAGGAGCCCGCAAAAUCAAUCCGCACUUGGGAUGAUCUAGGUGAUUCACGAAAGGCAAUUAAGCAGAACUCAGCUGGAGUACUUGAGCUCGAUGACUUGACAGCCAUGAGAGCCGAUAUUGCAAAGUUGGGUAAUCAGAUGACUAGGAUGACAAUGCAGCAACCACAACCAAUGCAACAUGUACAACAAAUGGCUAAUUGCUGCGAAUUAUGUGGUGACAAUCAUAUGAGCGACAUGUGCCCUUCGAAUCCUGAAUCCAUAUACUAUGUGGGGCAGCAGAACAGAGGUCCACCGAAUCAGCAUGCACAGUAUGGGAAUUCUUACAAUCCAAAUUGGAGGAAUCAUCCCAACUUCUCAUGA